GCGGGGGAUGUGAACGUUGCGGAACGUCAGGUGGUGUGACUUCUUUUGGACGCAUGGAUAUUCAGCGGUCAUUGUUACCAGUCAGUGUCGUAGUCCUCGUCGCAUGGAGUAUUUUGUUUCGAUUAUCUUUCCAUCAAAUUGAUGAAGGUCAUGUCGGUGUUUAUUAUCGUGGAGGUGCCCUGCUUUCUCAAACAAAUGGACCUGGCUAUCAUUUAAUGAUUCCUAUUAUAACAACAUUUAAACCUGUCCAGAUUACUUUACAAACUGAUGAAGUGAAGAAUGUUCCCUGUGGUACAAGUGGUGGGGUUGUUAUUUAUUUUGAUCGUGUUGAAGUGGUCAACUUUUUGGCAGCUGACAGCGUGCAUGAUAUUGUCAAGAAUUAUACAGCCGAUUAUGAUAAAACAUUAAUCUAUAACAAAAUACACCAUGAAUUGAAUCAAUUUUGUAGUGUUCAUACAUUACAAGAGGUAUACAUUGAGCUGUUUGAUCAAAUCGAUGAAUAUUUGAAACGAACAUUACAAGCAGAUUUAACUACAAUGGCUCCUGGUUUAUAUAUUCAAGCUGUACGCGUUACAAAGCCUAAAAUCCCUGAAGCUAUAAGACGUGAUUAUGAAGCUAUGGAAGCUGAAAAAACAAAAUUGUUAAUAGCUGAACAACACCAGAAAGUGAUUGAACGACAAGCAGAAACUGAACGUCGUCGAGCAAUAAUCGAAGCAGAGAAAAUCUCUCAAGUAUCUGCAAUAGAAUGGAAAGCUAAAGUCGCUGCACAAGAACAAGAGCGUAGAAUCAGUGAAAUAGCCGAUGCUACCCAACUUGCUAGAUCCAAAUCAAUUGCUGAUGCUGAACACUAUCGGGCUGUAAAAGAAGCUGAAGCUAGUCGGUUAAAGUUAACUCCUGAGUAUUUAGAAUUAGCUAAAUAUCAAGCAUUAGCACAAAAUUCAAAAAUCUAUUUCACUGGUGAUCAAGGCAAUUUAAUUAUGGAUCUUAUCAAUCAAAUGUCUACAAAUGUACAAAAAUCAAGUGAAUCAGGAGUGAAAGAAGAUCAAGUUGUAUCUUCAACUCCUUAACAUAUUAUGCUCUAAGAAGUGUACAAUUUAGUGGGGGUUUUUUUUGUAUCAAAAUGAUUCCAAAUUAUUUUUCUGUACAUCUUUUCCUAAAUUUGAAUAGACUGUGUAUGAG